AUGGAGGACAGAAUAUCAGAAUACCUGCACGUGCCAUCCGAAUCGCUUCGAGGCGUGAACUAUUCUAUAUUAAGGACCCUAUGCAAGAGAAUAGACAAAUUUGAACGUUCAGAAGAAGAAGUAACAAGGCUCAAUGUUUUAAUUGAUGAGAUCAAGUCGCAGUACUAUACAAGGAUAUCUAAACUCAACGAAUUACUGGCUAAGUCGUCUGAGGAGAAAAAUGUAUCCAACAAAGAAUCGGAUCGUUUGCAUAGCCUAUUAAAAAAUGAACGUUCAAAAUGUGCGCGGAAAAUAGAUGCGUUAAACAAGCAAUUGAAUGCGAGCAAAGACACUAUUAAAAAACUAGAUGAUGAGAGAGGUAUGAAAGAGGAAGCGGCAGUUUCCCAAGCUGAACGUGAAAAUGAUGAUCCAGCAAGGAACGCUUUAAGCAAUGAAAAUAAGCUACUACGAAGAAAGCUGUUGGAGAUGGAAAACAUACUACAAACAUGCAAAUCUAAUACUCUGUCAUUGAAAUUGAAGUAUGAAACUGUGUCACAGGAAAAGGACCUAAUACUACAGAACAAAAAGUGGAUUCAAGAGCAAUUGUCUUUUCGUGACGAGAAAACGCUAGUUGAUGAAGUUACAAAAACAGUUCAUGUACAGAAUCUCGAAGAAAAAUUAAACCGAAUUCAAAACGACUAUGAAUCUGUUUCUACCAAUAAUCUGUUUCUAGUAGCUCAAAAUAAACAAUUAUCUCAUUCAAUGGGAGAGAAAAUAUUGGAGAUUAAAAACCUAAAAGAUACCGUAAAUAUAGAAAAAGCUGAGUUCUCCAAAGAAAUGACUUUACAGAAAAAUAUGAACGAUUUGCUCCGCUCGCAAUUGACCUCGCUUGAAAGAAAUUACUCCUUGAUAACAAUAGAAAAAGAUAAUGAUGAUCCUUGCAAAAAUCCCGAACAUUCCAAUGUGAUAGAUGAACUAAUAGAUACCAAAUUAAAACUAGAAAAGUCAAAGUAUCAAUGCCAGCGGUUACAGGAUAUAGUUGCAGAUUGCAUUGAAGAAAAUGAAGCCGCUUUUGAUAAUACACAUAUUGCCGACCCCUCCGUUAGUGGGUUAGUUUCUGAUAUCAAAAAUUUGAAAAGACAAUUGAUAAAAGAAAGAAAUCAAAAAUUCCAGUUACAAAACCAAAUGGAGAGUUUUAUCAUGGAAUUAGAACGCAAAACCCCAGAACUGAUCUCAUUUAAAAAGAGAACAGAAUUAUUAGAACAUGAACUCAAACAUUCCACGGAUCUUUUAGAAACGAUAUCUCUUGCCAAACGGAAGGAUGAAAAGGAACUAACCUCAUUAAGACAGAAACUUAACAAUUGUGAGUCAAAUAUACAUUCGCUGGUGAAACAGCGCCUGGAUUUGGCCCGUCAAGUGAAACUUCUUCUUCUGAAUAUAUCUGCCGUCCAGAAAUCGGCGUCACCGCUAUCGAAUGAUGAACUAAUAUCAUUGAAAAAACUAUUAGAAUCACAAGAUGUACCAAACGAAAAGGAUUCACAGACAAUCAUUACUGAACGGUUAGUCGAAUUCAAUAACACUAAUGAGCUCCAAGAAAAGAAUAUGGAACUCUUAAAUUGCGUUCGUGUUUUGGCUGAUAAAUUAGAAAAUUAUGAGGGAAAACAAGAUAAAAGUCUAGCCAAGCUAGAGAAUCGAACCAUCAAAGAAGCAAAGGACGCAAUAAUUGAACUGGAGCAUGUAAACUCAACAUUGGAAUCACGUAUAAGUAUUUUAUCAAGGGAACGCGAUUCAUACAAAUUAUUAACCUCAGCCAAUGGUAACAAGGAUCAUGCAGACGCUGCCAAAAUAACAGAAGCAGUUCAUUUGAAGAGAAUUAAAGCACUUGAAGCGGAGCUUUCACUUACAAAAAUAGAAAACUCCGCUGUUGUUCAAAAGUUAAACAAAGAGCUUUUAACCUGUAAAAAAUUACAAUCCGAUGGACAAAUAUCAUUACAAGAACUUUCAAAUUUUAAGAUCUUAGCUAUUGAGAAGGAAAAUCUUUUACAGACAAGAAUAGAUGACUUGAAAACUGAAUUGGAAAAACAAAGAUCGAGCGGACCAUCAAGUACACAGGGCAGCAUAGGUAUUGAGGAAACAAAAGUUUCACAGUAUAAAAACAAAAUUGAAUCUUUGAUGUGCGAAAUAUCUAAUUUAACGAAAAAGACUACUGACCUUGGAUGUAUGAAGGAAUCUUUAACUAGGGAUUUGGAAAGAUGUUGUAAAGAGAAAAUGCAAUUACAAAUGAAGCUCACUGAAUCAGAAACAAGUCAAAAUGAACAAAAACUCAAAUCUGACUCUAAGCAAGUCCAAUAUGAUACAAUAAUAAAGGAAUUGGAAAAAUCCUGUCAAGAACUAAAUAAUAGACUACACUUAAAGGUGCAAGAAAUAGAAACACUACAAACAUCCAAAAACUCACAGCUUAAAUGGGCUCAAAAUACCAUUGAUGAGACAGAAAAGAAUAUGAAACUCGUUUCCGCAGAUUUAACUGAAAAGAAAACAACAAUUAGAAAACUCUCAUUAGAAAUGAAGGACAUUGAGAAUGAAUUGCAAAAGACCAAACUCCAAUAUAAAUUCCUGAAUAACAUUAGUGAUGUUAACACACUAGAAAUGGCUUUAAAAAAAGAAUUGGAACGUACUCAAAUUGAGUUGAAGGAUGCCCAUUCUCAGAUUGAAACUUACGAGGAAAUAAUCUCAACAGACGAAAAUGCACUCAAAGAAUUGAACGAUCAACUAACGAAAACAAAAGAAGAAUUAAGAGUCAAGACUCAAUCGCUUGAUAAAGAAAAAAAUGCAAGGGAAGAAGAAUUAUCUUUCUUGCGCAGAGAACUUGAUGAAUUUAGGGGAUUACAACCCAAACUAAAAGAAGGCGCUUUACGUCUUGUUCAACAAUCGGAAAAGCUAAGCAAUCAAACACAAAAAAUCCAAGCAAUGAAUAAAAUAAUCGAUAAAAUGACCACGAUUGUCCAGGUGUAUCAAAAAGAACAGACAUCUCAACAUCAAUCAGAGCUAAAGGCAAAUGAAGACUUAUCCGCACUAGUUUUGCGUCUUGAAAACGAAGUGAUUGAUUACCAAACGGAGCUGAAAAAAACCAAAUCGUCAUUGCACAGCACUCAAGAAUUGCUAGAUAAACAUGAAAGGAAGUGGAUGGAAGAGAAGGCUGAUUACGAAAGAGAAUUGAUAUCUAAUAUAGAACAAACAGAAUCAUUACGUGUUGAAAAUUCAGCGUUAGUCGAAAAAAUGGAUGAUGGUACUGGCGAAAGUAACGGUGAUAAAGAUUAUUUAAGGCUAGUUUCAUUAUUUUCCAGUCUGCGUCAUGAAAGGAAUACUCUGGAAACAAAACUAACUACCUGUAAGAGAGAUUUAGCACUCGCAAAGCAAAAGAAUGCCAAUUUGGAAAAGACCGUAAAUGAUAUGCAGAAAACUCACCCCAUAUCGCGCAAAGAUGUCCAAUGUUCUACCGAAAUUAUUGACGAGUUUGAGGAUAUUAUGAAAGAAAUAACUCAAGUUAACAUCCUAAAGGAAAACAACACCAUUUUGCAGAAGAGCCUUGAGAGAGUUACAGAAAGAAAUGAAGCAAUUUAUAAAGAGUACACUAAUUUGCAACAUGAACUAUCUCGACUACAAGGUGAACUUGUGCAAACGAAAGAGCAAAUUUCUGUUAAUGCUAAUAAGGUUUUAGUCUAUGAAAGUGAAAUUGAACAAUGGAAACAGAGGUAUCACAGCUUAUCUCAACAACAGAAAGAGGCACACAAAGAAGAAACUGAAAAGCUAUUUAAUGAGAUUAGCGACAUGAAGGCUAAACUUCUCAAUGCCCAGAAUGCAAAUGCUGACUUGAAUGAUAAAUUCAAUAGGUUAAAGAAACAAGCGCACGAAAAGUUGGACGCUUCCAAAAAACAACAAACUGCCUUGACUAACGAACUUGAUGAAUUAAAAGAUACGAGAAAUGAAUUGGAAGAGAGUUUGCGUAGUGAAGAAUCUAAAGUCCUUGAACUGGAAGCGAAACUAAAGAAGCAUGGAGUACAAGCAGAAGGCGUUUCAAAGAAUCAAGAAGACGAUACUUCCAAUCCAUUAAUCGAAGAAAUUCAAUUACUUAAGAGGGAACUUCAAGUGUUUAAAGAAACCAGUGACUCUUCUGACAUUAUUGAGAAAAUGAAAGAAAUUAUGGAGGCAGAGAAGGCCAAGACCAUUGAAGAAAAGGCAACUGAGUUUGAAAGGAAACUAGAAGAAAUUACGGGAAAAAAUAGCGGAGGAAAGGUAGAGAACGGUGAAAAUAUUGAGGAACUGAAGAAACAAUGGCUCAAGCAAUAUGAAGAAGAAACAGUGAGAAGAAUUAAAGAAGCGGAAGAGAACUUAAAGAAAAGAAUCAGGUUACCAAGCGAAGAAAGAAUUCAAAAAAUCAUUAGCAAGCGUAAGGAAGAAUUGGAACAAGAGUUCCAAAGGAAGUUAGAAGAGAAUUCAGGUUGCUUUACAUUGUCUAGCAACAAAAAGGAAAACGAAAUAAGUGUUGAAGACGAACUAUGGAAUAGCCCCUCGAAGGGGAAUUCGGAGAAGCCUUCUAUUGUUACCAAAUUAAUAAAGCAGAAAAACUCUAUACUUCAAGAACAGCUAAAGAAUGCCAAAAAUGGGUUAAUCUCUAAUGACAGUCGCCCAGCUAGUUCAAACAAAGAAAAUGACAUCCCAGAUAACACAGCAGCUGAUAACAAGGUCCCUUCAGCUUUUAAUUUCGGAAAGCCUUUAUUCCCUUCUAAUAUAUCAUCUUUCCGAAGCUUUAAAAAUCCGUUCACCCCUGCCGCUACUAGUUUUAACACAGGUGUUUCAUUACCGGCAUUUAGUAUCCAACCUGCCUUUGCAGUCGAUGCAACUGUUGAUGCAGCGGGCCCAAAUGACGACAACAACAAUGAGGCAAAAAUAAUAGAAAUUGAAAACAAUUCAUUAAAACGACCAAUCGACGGUGAAGUACCCUCUGAUACCGAUUCCAAAAAGAUAAAGGAAAGCUCAGACAAUGACUAA